AUGGCGAAGUGUGAUGUUGACCCAGGACAGUCUCCACAAGAUCCCGUGGGCCGUCCCAUCAGGCACCAGUCUGGAAUUAAGCACACCACUGGUGAGGCAGUUUUCAUUGAUGACAUUCGUCCCGUGGAUGGAGAACUCUCACUAGCUGUGGUCACCAGCGUUAAAGCCCAUGCAAAGAUCAUAUCAAUUGAUGCAUCAGAAGCCCUUCAGGUGCCAGGAGUGGUUGAGGUAGUGACAGCAAGAGAUGUUCCAGGGAAAAAUGGCAAAGAUGAGCAAGCAUAUGCAGAAGAUAAGGUGAUUUGUGUUGGUCAGAUAAUCUGUGCUGUGGUUGCAGAGUCACUGACUCAGGCAAAGUGUGGGGCUGGAAAGGUGAAGAUAGUCUACAAAGAUCUGGACCCAAUUCUGACUAUUGAGAUUCCAAAAGACAAACCUGGAACCUAUAAGCCAUGGGCCAUCGAUAUAGCUUAGUACUGCUUUCCUAAGAAUCAACCAACCAGGUGAUUCCUUCAGCCACUUACUGAUCAAAAGCAUUCAUGCAAGAAAGAACUGUAAUACUUACAUGCACACAUGCAUACAUAUAUAUAUCACACCAUCUUUGCAGAACAAGAUAUAAGCACCAGUUCUAUUGUAAGUCUCUAAGUAAAAGACCUCUCAUUAA